AUGAACAUUCGCUUGGGAAGCUACAAACCUAUACUGAAAACAAAUGAAAUCAUCCCUUAUAUAAAUUUCAGAAAAAGCAAGCCUAAAGGUAUAUUUCGUCAUCGAAAAUCUAAAACAUUUAAUGCACUUGUUAUGAAUCUCAUCAAAGAAAAAGCAAAUCAAAGUCCUCAACUGCCAAAAAAUAAGCAAGAUAAUUUAUUAUCUGCGUUUAUUAGGCCAUCAGAACAGAUUUUUGAAAAAUAUACAAAAAAAAGAGAAUUUAAAAAACCAGGACCUAUAGUAACUGAUACAUUUGAUUUUGAUGACGAUUUAAAUCGUGGAAAAUUAAGAAUCCCGCUACCUAAAAUAAAGCCACACAGCAGCUCUGAAGAUCUUAAUCCAAUAAUUGUAAAACAGAAAAAAACGCCAAAUUCGUCAAGGAUAGAUUCUUUAUCUAAACCAGUGUCACGGAUAUCUCUUUCAAGCCAAAAUACACCUAUAAAAGAUAGAGAAAUCAAGAUUAAAAACGAAAGGGUUAGAUAUAGCUCAACUUCUUUAUUAAACCCAAUAGGAAAAAUCUUAAAAUCUAAAGGGAUAAAUCUUGAAGAAAACAAAGAAUUUAAUGAGAUUUUGAAAACAAAGUUAUCAAAACUUCACAAAAAGAGGCUAAGAUGCCACGAAAUGAAAAGAAAUAAAGAUGAUAUCUUAUCUGUUUAUCUUACGGCAAGAAAUUAA